CUAUUGCUUAAUAGAAAUUCAGUAGGCCUGUCAUAACUAUUUUUUAUGUUCUCCUUUAUCCCAGUUAUAAGGGAAAUAGAGAUAAUGCGCAGUGCCAUUAGAUUUCCUUAUUAUACAGACUCUUCCUGAACACGCUCCUAUUCUAAACAGUGGCCACAACAGCACUUUUAUUUCCUAUUCUAACACCUACGUGGUUUGACAUCUGGACUGUCAAUCCAUGUUGCUCAACCAACAGGCAAUCUAUUCAACGACCGAACGUUUUCUAUUGGCUAGGAGCAUAGUAGUGACGUUCCCAUAAACCAAUGGAAAGUUACACUACAGAACUUCGUUUGCCAAUCACGCGCAAUCUUAAAAACCAACUGUGUCCCACCCCCGUGCUUUAACCAGCUACAAGCGUAAGUUGCGACCAUCUGUCAACUGCAGGCGGUCAGGUAAGGAUAGCCUACUAUCCUCAGAAAAAAGGCAGUUGUGUGUUUUUGUCGCAGCUACUGCUCGCAGAGGUUAGCCUACAACAAUUUGCUCCAGGGAACAUUACUGUAGGCUAUCUUCCUUGCACUUGUCACGCACCUAUAGGCUACCUACGCAACAAAAAUGAAAGGAAACUUACUUCAAGGUUAACUAUUAACAGCAGCGUUUUACAAGUUAUACGAAAUCAUCAUACUCAGGUGGAAACGGUGCUACAGAAAUACAAGGAUGUCAGCGACAUCGGAUACGAAUUGUCACUUUCAGCAACAACAAAGACUGCGACUCGGCAGCGCUGGUUCUCCCGGUUUACCCAACAAUAGCGGCGGCCGACUCCAGCCCAUUCGUGCCACCGUCCCCUACCAACUUUUACGUGGUGGUCAGCAAAGUCCACCACGGGUGUCCUCUGUUGGCGUCGGAACCGGUAACGGCGCAGGACCAGCGCUGUGCCUCAGCUGUAGUCCCCCUGGCCAGAAACAUCUGUCUGCAAGUAUCGGCGGAAAUGCCACGGUGGACCUGAGGUUAGCUGGGAUGCAAAGACUGUCUCCUGAAAGCAGGAGCCCACCUGAAAGAUGUACCAUCUUAACCCACAAAGCUGAGAGGCCUGUGCUGCCCCCCCUGGUCCGAGCUGGUCCCACCGUCAUCCGCCGCACUUCCUCCCUGGACACGGUCACCGCCUCGGUCACAGGGCCCUACCUCACAGGCCAGUGGCCCCGCGACUGCCACUCAGCCGACCUGACGUCCUGGACCAGGGACAAAGCCACACAGACAUCUGGUUUGUGGGGUGAAGACAAAGGAGAUCUGGGAUGUAUCCAGCAGCGCUCAGCGUCGUGGGGCAGUGAGAAUCACCUUAGAGAGCAGAUAACUAAGCUGAGGCAGCAGCUUAAGAAGCAGGGGGUGAGGUCUUGUCGAGAGGAGAAGAAGGAGAAGGAGAAGGAGACUGGACCAUCGAAAUCCAGCAGCCUGGCCCUGCCUAAGGCCCCCUUUCCUCCCUCUGCCACCUCCAAGCCCCUGGCAUUCAGGGUGCCCAGCUACACAGAGGCCAUCAACCAUGAGCUGGAGACCGUCUUCAUCAACGAUGAGUGGGAGAGGGAGGACUUGACGCUGUUGGAGGUGCAGGAUGGCCGCCGGGCCCCUUUCCCCCCGCACAGACACGACAGCAGCAGCGGCUGCAGCAGCAACAGCAGCAGCAGCAGCAGCAGUCACAACAGCAGCCACGCCAGCCAUAGCGGUAGCAGACGGAGCACGGAGGCCCAGGCCGGCUCCUCCAGCUGCUGCUCCAGCCCCUGGUGCUGCCACACCCCCUCCACCCCGGCCACCCCUGCCUCGGCCUCCGCCUCCACCUCCCCCUACGCCGUGGCUGCUGCUGCUGCUACCACUGCUGGGGAAGGAGGAGGAGAAGGAGGAGAAGGAGGGCCCCUCGACUCCCAGACCAGCAGCCCCGCCGCCUGGCUCCUGGAAGACCAGGACAAAGAUAGUAGGGGUGGCUCACCUCUGCCCAAGUAUGCGACGUCUCCCAGGCCCAACAACAGCUUCAUGUUCAAACGGGAGCCUCCCGAGGGCUGUGAGAAAGUCAAGGUCUUCGAGGAGUCUGCCCCAUUGCACAGGUCCAUUGGCUUCCCCCUCUUCUCCUGUCCUGAUAAAAACAAAGUGAACUUCAUCCCCACCGGCUCUGCCUUCUGCCCCGUUAAGAUGCCCGGCUGCUCGUCUCUCCUGACCCCCAGGUCCUCAGUCCCCACAGCAGCAGCAGCAGCAGCAGCAGCCACAGGGGCCCACACCGCUGAUCUCGUCCCAGGCUCCACCUCUCCUUCUGGGGACAGAAUGCUUCCAUCGGGCCCUGGGACCCACUGACUCUGACACACUCACACUACUGUUAAUCUACUCCUGAAGCCAAAACACACAGCGGAGAGGAGAGGAGAGGAGAGGAGAGGAGAGGAGAGGAGAGGAGA